AUGAAAGAAGACACAACCUACUUUUCCUGGGACGCUCAUGAAGAAAAUGGAAGAGACACAGACCACAUGCUACUCUCGUUAUAUUUUGCCCCAUACCUUAAAGACACAGAGACGUCCAGGCUUCAUGAGACGGUCCAGUCCAGAUGGAGUCAUUCAUCUCCAGCUGGGAGGCGAGGAGAUUCUCAGUCUGUCAAAUGUCAGCAGAGGAUUUCAGAUGGAGGAGAACUGCAGAGAGAAGUCAGCCUGGCCUGGAUAAAGCAGAUAAUUGAAAGGGCGUGUCCAUUCUAUAAGAAAAUACCCGGUACUGGCUUCACAGCUAAUGCCUUUCAGUAUGGUCUGAUUGAAGGAUGCACAGCCUACUACUUCCUUACACAUUUCCAUUCUGACCAUUAUGCUGGGCUGUUUAAAAGCUUCACUUAUCCAAUCUAUUGUCGUGAGGUAACUGGCAAUUUGUUAAAGAACAAGCUUCCCAUGCAAGAACAAUCUAUCCAUCCACUGCCAAUGGAUACCGAAUGUAGCAUCAAAGUUGUUUUGCUUGAUGCGAACCACUGUCCAGGUGCGGUCAUGAUCCUUCCUUGCCUUCCUAAGGGUGCUGUUGUGUUGCACACUGGAGACUUCAGAGCGGAUCCCAGUAUGGAGCGCUCUCUCCUUGCUGCCCACCGAGUACACACGCUGUACCUAGACACCACAGAUUGCAGCCCAGAAUACACCUUUCCAUCUCAGCAGGAAGUUAUCCAGUUUGCCAUCAACAGUGCCUUUGAGGCUGUAACUGUAAACCCAUGUGUUCUUGUUGUCUGUGGCACGUACUGCAUCAGAAAAGAGAAAGUUUUCCUACCCAUUGCUGACUUUUUAGGCUCAAAAGUGGGCAUGUCCCAAGAGAAGUACAGAACACUGAAGUCACUCAACAUACCAGAAAUUAAUUCUGUCAUCACUACAGACAUGUGCACCUCUUCUGUCCACCUUCUCCCAUUGAUGCAAAUUAAUAUUAAGGGUUCAAAGAAAUGUGGUGGGAAAUAUGAUCAGAUUCUGGCUUUUCGACCUAUAGGAUGGGCACACUCCAAGAAACUAACUAGAAUGGCAGAUGUUAUUCCCCAGACCAAAGGAAACAUUUCAAUAGAUGGAAUUCCCUAUAGUGAACACAGCAGCUAUCUAGAAAUGCAGCGUUUUGCCCAGUGGCUGAGGCCCCAGAAAAUCAUCCCCACUGUGCAUGUGGGCACAUGGAGACCCCGCACAAUGGAAAAAUGUUUUACAGAGUGGAAAUUAGAAGCUGGUUACUGACAACCGAGGACACCGGAGUGGUUAGGUGCUACUGCUGUCACUGACACAGAACAUGCUUUAUGUGAAAACCUCAGGAAGAGCACUCAUCCGCUCCUGCUCAUUUGUGUUUGAG